UGCAUCUUCCCUUCCCUUCCCACUCCCACUCUACUCCUAUUCAUUUUUCUCCAAGGGUUUUGCCUUAUUUAGCAAAAUUAGGUAGCCUCAUUGAUCCAUAUCUCUCCUUUCAUCGCCAACAUAACGAUCUAGAAAUGUCUAUUGAAGGCAGAGAAGGAGGAGGAAAAGAUUUUUCUGAAGGAUCUUCAUCGGCGCAACCAGUUGGAUCAACCCCAAGUCGAUAUGAAUCACAGAAACGUAGAGAUUGGAACACAUUUUGUCAAUAUUUGAAGAAUCAAAGGCCCUCAGUCCCACUUUCUAACUGCAGCUGCAAUCAUGUUCUGGAAUUCCUCCGCUAUCUUGAUCAGUUCGGAAAAACAAAAGUUCAUCAUCAUGGUUGCAUGUUUUAUGGACAUCCCGAGCCACCAGCGCCAUGUACUUGUCCACUUAGGCAAGCUUGGGGGAGUUUGGAUGCUCUUAUCGGGAGAUUGAGAGCUGCCUAUGAGGAAAAUGGUGGAUCGCCAGAAACAAAUCCUUUUGCUAGUGGUGCGAUUAGGGUUUAUCUCAGGGAUGUGAGAGAGUGUCAAGCGAAAGCAAGAGGAAUUCCUUACAAAAAGAACAAGAAGAAGAAGCCAGUUCAAAACAAUGAAACCGAAGAAUCAAGCUCUAUGACGAUGUUGCACUUUGCCCCUUGACCAUCUUUUAAGCUCUCUAUCUCUCGAAAUUACAAUAUGGACUAAUAGAGAAGCAUUAAGGAAGACGUGAAGUGAUCAUCGACCGAAUCAAUCCUUCGAUUGAACUUAUUUUUAUCAUUUCAAGAAUCAAUCGUCUUUCUUUUUCUUCUCUGGAAAAGUUAUAUAUGUGUCGAGAAGAUAGAAUCUCUAUUUUAUAUUAAUAUAGAUUUAUAUUUUCCAUUAAAGCCAAUAGUACUUGUGAAUCAGAGAGUUUUCAUUUCCUCUUGGCUUUUGAAAAUUUCAGCUUUUUAAGCCUUUGGUAUCACAAAACUCCCAAAUGUACGUAAUUUGUCUGAGCUUUGUAAUAUGUGUGCAUGCCUGAUUUGUACUAUGGUUAUAUGCUUCAAUAUAACAUAUGGGCUUU